UUUCAGUCUGACGCUGCUCUGUCUGUCAAGAAAACAGAGUAGACUCCCAUCUCUUCUCCUGGAUGAAAUGUCUCCGUACCCGAGAGGCACAUGAGUCAUUGAGCCGAGUCCAAACCCCUUGUGUUUCUACACUGCUCUGAGACUGGAGGACAGGAGAUGAGAGUCUGCGGCGCUCCACCACACCAUGAGUCUCCCGGGUCUGGGAGGACCUGUAAGGGAUUCCCUGGGCUCUAGCCUGACGGGGCCUAUGAGCGGCUGGAGUUCUCUCUCUCUGAAGCCAGUUUCCUCCGGGCGGAUCGCCUCUAUAUUCCAGACCAUGGUUCCCACGGGUUACACCAAGCUACAGGAUGAGCGUCUCUCCAUGGUGGACCUCAGCGCCAAACCUGACGUCGCGUCGCUCCAGAACGGCUACAGGCAAGAGACGACACACAUAGAAGGCCGGCGGAUUCUGGACCGGGCCUCUCGCUCCUCUGUGACUUUAUCUGACUGUGGAGAUGGAGGCUACUCUGAAACGGAGCCCAUGCUGGCUGAGAGGAGGCUCUCUGGAGAGGAGGCAGAUGAAGAGGAGGAGGAGGAAGAGGAUGAGGAGGCAGGUCCGGGAUCUAUCGUGCACAAAAUGCCCAAGGAGUCUCUGCUGGCCAUGGCGCUGCAGAUCCUGCUGCCUUUCCUGCUCGCUGGGUUUGGAACUGUGUGUGCUGGCAUGGUGCUGGAUAUCGUUCAGCACUGGGAGGCGUUCCAGUACAUCACGGAGAUCUUCAUCCUGGUACCGGCUCUCCUCGGCCUGAAGGGAAACCUGGAGAUGACUCUGGCCUCAAGGCUGUCCACAGCGGUGAAUGUGGGCAAGAUGGAUUCUCCCAUAGAGAAGUGGAAUCUAAUCAUAGGCAACCUGGCCCUGAAGCAGGUCCAGGCCACGGUGGUGGGCUUCCUGGCUGCCGUCGCUGCCGUUACCCUCGGCUGGAUCCCAGAGGGGAAGUUCCAGAUGAGCCACGCGGUGCUGCUGUGCUCCAGCAGCGUGGCCACGGCCUUUAUAGCCUCCAUGCUGCAGGGUAAACACACACAGACAGACAGACAGACAGACAGACAAGACAGACAGACAGACAGACAGACAGACAGACAGACAGAGCUGUUGUAG